AUGGCGAGGGAUGUUGACCCCGUUCGAUUUCGUUCAAUUGCUGACACCUACAAGUGGGCUUCCCUGUUUCUGGAACGCGUUGCAACAUGCUUUGGACAGGACUGGCUAACACAGCGGCUUGCACGAUGGAGUUGGAACUUGUCCACAUGUUUCACUGGAGUGGGAUGUGCUGAACAAGCUGCUAUAUCCCUUCAGAAUGCUGCUGCCAAGUAUGCCCCUGGCUGUGGAGUGGCCAUAAAGUCAGCAAUCGAAAUAGACAAGGCAUGCCAGGAUGUACUCUUGUCUACAUACGGUCCUGAACAUCCUGGACAAUGUAUCUUCGAGGAUAUCACGAAGAUCGAUUUGGUUCACCAGAGGACAUGCUACUGCCAACGGCAUCAUAAGAUGUGUGAGCUGCAGCCCCAAAGCGGAGAAGGGAACAUGGCUGAAUGGUUGCAAGGCCCUGUUUGCAUCGACUACAGCAUGAUGGGAAAACGCCAAGGUCAACAUGGCAAGUAUCACCAAACACAUGUGUCUUACUUCAGCAACAUGAAGGCAAGCAAGAACUCCAUUCUGCUGAUCGAGAAUGUGACAGAGUACGAGGAGGCGUUGGUGAAAAAGGAGCUGGGUCCAGCAUGGACACUUGUUUCAACCCGGAUGGAUCCACGAUGUUUGGGCUUACCCUGCUCACGUGCCAGGGUUUUCAUUGUGGGUUGGAAGGUCCAAGAGAUUCGAUGGACUGCCCCUUUUGCUUUGAGUUCUUUUGUUGGUGCACUGUGCUCCAAAGUGGUGAUGAAUGCUGGCGACUACUACUGGAUGAAGAGCCUUCCCCAAACCAUGCUCACUCCAAGCGCUGCUGACAACUUGGAGGCGUACAAGAAGAUGUACCCUAAGUUCAAGUAUCCUGACUUGACUCAGAGCUGCAAGAACGGAAGGGCCCGAGGUGAGACAAAGGAUGGUUGCUUACCUACUUUGACGACUCAUACGGGUCAGCUCUACAGCCAGGAGAUGAAGCGCUAUCUUCAUCCCCAUGAAGCUCUGUCUUCACAUUGCCUUCCUGUCACUGCAAAGCAGGCAAAGAUCAGUUCCAGUCCAAAGCUAGAGCUGGAGGACGCAUGCAAAACGGCCCAGAUUAGAUUUGCAGGCAACGCUAUGUCUGUUCCCUGCGUAGGGGCCGUUUUGUUGUGUUGCGCACUGGCCCUGCAGAAAGUGUGA